AUGCUUUUGCUCGCCCCCGCUGGCACUGGAGCUGGUGGUGGUGGUGGUGGUGGUGAUGGCGGUGUUACUGGUAGUGACAGUGCUGAUGGUGGUGCUUGUGAUACAGCUUUUAAAAGUGCGUCUGCUGGUGCUAGUGCUGAAGGUGGUGCUGGUUGUGCUGGUCGUGCUGGUUGUGGAGUUGGUGGCGGUGGCGUUGAUGGUAGUGCUGAGGGUGAUGCUUUUGAUAGGGCUAGUGUAACUGGUGCAGGCGGUGCUGAUGAUGCUGAUGAUGCUGAUGAUGCUUUUGCCAGUGCUUGUGCUGGGGUAGGUGGUGGUGGUGGUGUUGGUAGUGGUAAUGGCAGUGCAGUUGGUGCUUUGAACGGUGUCUGUGCUGGCUUAAGUGGCGAUGGUGAUGGUGAUGAUGGUGGUGGUGGUAAUGGUAGUGUUGGGAAUGAUACUUUUGAUAGUGCUGGUGGUGCUUUUAACAGUGUUUGUGCUUGGGUAGGUGGUGGUGGUGGUGGUUGUAGCAAUGGUAGUUGUGGGGGUGAUGCUUUUGAAAGUGCUGGAGUAACUGGUGCUAAUGGUGCUGGCGCAGCUGGCGGUGCUGAUGCUGCUGGUGAUGCUUUUACCAGUGUUUGUGGUGAACUAGGUGGUGGCGGUGGUGGUGCUGGCAAUGGUAGUGCCGGAGGUGAUGCUUUUGAUAGUGCUGGUGUUGCUUUUAGCAGUGCUUGUGUUGUGGUAGGUGGUGUUGAUGAUGCUGGUGAUGCUUUUACCAGUGCUUGUGCUGGGGUAGGUGGUGGUGGUGGUGGCAAUGCAUCUGGUGCUUUAAACAGUUUCUCUGCUGGCUUAAGUGGUGAGGGUGAUGGUGAUGGUGGUUGUAGUGCUUUUACCAGUGCUUGUACUGGGGUAGGUGGUGCUGGAGGUUCUGGCGGUGCUGAUGAUGCUGAUGAUGCUUUUACCAGUGUUUGA